CCGGCUAUCGGAAAUAAGCGUGCGGCUCGCUCACCUGGAUGCUCACUCUCUUUAUUUUGGUUUUGUGAUGCUCAGUUUAGUGGCGAGUUAGCUCCCGAUGUUUUGAUUAGCUCAUGAGGUGCGGAUUUUAGGGAUUUGUCUGUGGAUGCGUUCGCUACUGAUUGAGUUGGAGGGAGGGAAACUUUUCAGGUCGACGGAUUGGUGUGUUCUGCUAUCAGGAACGCCUUUGCAGCUGGUAGGUACUUGACGGGGUUGAAAUGGCGAGUCCUUUAGUUGCCUUGCCACUUGUAAUGGCAGGUGGAUUCGCACUUGCCGAAAUGUUCUUCAAAUGGAAGAAAGGAAAUUUGCACACCAAACAUGUACCAGACUUUGUUUUCGAUAAGUUUGGCAAACUGAAGGACAUUGAGGGGUUUGGCGAUUAUUUUGUGCGUCAGUUGGGGCUUGAUACGGCUAAUCCGAUCGCCAAGACAGUUUCCAAAGCAGCAGAUGCCUAUUUACGCGAUGAUAGGCGCGAGAAAAGUGAGGCUAAAGAGGUGGUUUGCAUUCUCGUGUCCGGUCCAACCCUGGAGGAGGAUAAAAAACAGAUCUGCGAAGAAAUUUUGUUUGAACUGGAGAUUUGCGUUGUUGCAUAUUUCAGUUUUCAUUGGAAGCAUGCAAAUUCUGUUAUCGAGAAGGUAGUUAGUCAAGGCGCCACAGAGAAAAAAUUGCACAAAGCGGUGUUGUGUGCACUCAAGAAACAGCGCUACGAGGCGGUGUUAAAGUCGCUGAGUACUAAGCGUCGAAUUCACACUAUGAUUGAGGAAUUGAAGACAAUAGGAAGAUCGAAUAGCUCUAUCCCAGAUAAGGGCGUAGUGACUGUUCCUGCUGAGUCUUCCAAGCGUAGCCCUGUCAUACUCUUCAUUGGCGGGGGCAUGGGUGCGGGAAAAUCUACUAUUGUAAAAGAGGUUUUGUCAAGCUCAUUUUGGGCUGGCGUUAUCAAGGAUGCUGUGGUGGUGGAAGCCGACGCGUUCAAAGAAACUGAUAUCAUCUAUCGAACUUUGAGUUCUCUGUCAAAGGGAGAUGUGUCAGGGAACGCUGAACUAGUGCACCAAUUCUCGACAGAAACAGCAAAUUCGUUGCUUGUGUCUGCUUUGAAUGAAGGUCGCGACGUAAUUUUUGAUGGCACAAUGUCAUGGGAGCCUUUUGUGAUAGAAACCAUUGAAAUGGUCCGAGAUAUCCACAACAGGCGGUAUCGAAUGGGCCCUGGGUACAAAAAGAACGAUGAUGGCACUGAAGUAGAGAAUUACUGGGAACCUCUAGCUGAGGACAGCGAAUGUGCUAUUGUGAACAAAAGUAACGACGGUGGAAAGAGACCUUACCGAAUCGAGUUUGUUGGUGUUGCUUGUGAUGCACAUCUGGCUGUGGUUCGUGGUAUGAGGAGGGCAAUAGCAACUAAGAGGGGAGUUCCAGUGAAAGGGCAACUUCGAUCUCACAAGUUGUUUGCAAAAUCCUUAGAGAAGUACAUAUCUCUGGUUGAUGCGGCAAAAAUAUUUACUACCAGCGCGUGGAAUGGCCCAGCCGAGUUGAUUGCCUUGAAGGAUGGCCCUGGUAAGAAGUUACUUAUUGAUGUCGACAACUACCCUGGAGUACGUUGUCUAGGAGAUCUAGACCCUAACUCUGGAUCCGUGACUGAACUGUACAAAAACAAUGUAGACAUGAAACUUGUGAAUCAGUUCUGGCAGAACGUGAUAUUAGAUUCCAAUAGAAAACUUCGGCAGAAGCGCUUGUGUAAAGCAAUUCUAGCGAACGCUUCCACCUCAGCACUCCUGGAGAAGUCCAUGUCGCAGCUCUCUCAAGAUGAAAUCAAUUCCUUCAGUAAGUGAGGUAUGUAUAAAAGUUUAAAGUACUAGAUUUCGUCUCAGUGUUUCGUGGCAUGUAUUAUGUUCGUUUGCCUCACACCAUACUUACUACCAUUCGUAGCGCAUGUAGAGCACGGUGUAACCCAGAAGUAGUAUUAAUGAACAGCUAUCAUUCUGGCAACUAUUACAGAUGGUCAACACUAUAUGUAGUGAAAUUCUGCAGUACUUCAAUCAAACAAGACGAAACUGCGUAUCCAUAACAUGUUAGCGACAACAAAUAUGGCAGAUCUGUAUGACAUGGAACUUGCAACAAAAUUUGUACCAAAACACCAUUCAACAUU